UACUACUUCCGCUAUUAGAAAUGGCUCCUGUGUUUACAACUGUCAAACAACUUGUUGAGGAAAAUUCAGAGCAACAGUUUCUUGAUGCAGCCAAACUAUUGACUAAGUUUGCAGACAAUAUUAUAAAUAACCCAAAUGAAUCGAAGUACCGUAAAAUACGGCUUGGGAACCCAACGGUGGAGUCUAAACUUCUCCCAGUGGUUGGGGCACUGGAGUGUUUAUUUGAGAUGGGCUUUGUAGAAGAUGGAGAAUUCUUGACUCUACCCCAAAACACAUCAUUGGCAACAAUCAGAGAAAUCCGCUCCGAGUUGAAUAAAUAUGUACAAUCAUUGGAAAAAGUUAAUGGACCUUCAACUUCACAACCUGCAGCAUUGGGAACCCCUCAGCAAUCACCUUCCUCAGGGACACAACCCAAUCCAUCAUCCCAAACACCUGUUUCCUCCACCACACUGCCAAAUCCAUUGCAGAACAAGUCCCAACAAGAGAUCAAUCAAAUGGAAAGGAGUUUCUUCACAAAAAUAGAAAGCAACCUUGUACAUGUCUUGUUGUAUGAAGAUCCUAGACUGCAACAGAAAGCAAGAUUAGUAAUUCCAUUGGAAACCCAGAAAAAAGAAGCUCACGAUAAAUUAGAAGCAAUAAAGAAAGAAGACAGCUCAGCUCUGGCAAGCAUUGACUUUAGAGACCUUAUGUUACUGGGGUUACUGUCCUGGUUUAAGAAUUCCUUCUUUACCUGGGUGGAUGCACCAAAGUGUGAUGGUUGUGGUGGGGAGACUAGUAAUGUUGGGAUGGUAGAACCCACUCCAGAGGAAAUCCGUUGGCAGGCCAACAGGGUAGAAAACUAUAAAUGCAAUCAAUGCCAAAGGUUUGUGAGAUUUCCUAGGUACAACCACCCUGAGAAGCUCCUGGAGACCCGGUGUGGGAGGUGUGGAGAAUGGGCCAAUUGCUUCACUCUUUGCUGCCGAGCGGUCGGUUUUGAGGCCAGAUAUGUGCUGGACUGGACUGACCAUGUCUGGACAGAGGUUUAUUCAGAAGUUCAGAAAAGAUGGCUACACUGUGAUCCAUGUGAAAAUGUUUGUGAUAAGCCUCUUCUGUAUGAAGCAGGGUGGGGCAAAAAACUGACAUAUGUUGUAGCAUUUUCCAAGGAUGAGGUUCAGGAUGUUUCGUGGAGAUAUUCUGCUAAGCACUCUGAAAUGCUGAGUAGAAGAAAUGAAUGUCGGGAAUCUUGGCUAGUGCAGGUUAUUCAUAGGUUAUGGAAAGCUAGGGAACCAAGGAAUUCACCUCAGAGAAAUGAGGAAAUGAAAAAGAGGCUGCUGACAGAAUUAGUGGAGUUCAUGACUCCAAAAUCUAGUGCAGGCCAAAAUUUGUCAGGGAGAACCACUGGCUCUUUGGCUUGGCGACUAGCUCGAGGCGAGACGGGGUCCCAGUCGUCAUCAAACACUGAACCCUAUAUAUUUAAACUCACUGAUAAGGAAAGGGAGACCAAAACAUUCCACAUCAAAUACAGCUGUGCCAGGGAUGAGUAUACAAGAAUUUCCAGCAAUGGAAAGGUGACCAAAUCAUACUCAGCCUGUGUAAACAAACAACAGAAUAUAUUCAGGAAAGAAGAGAGAGACUGGAAGAUGGUGUAUCUGGCCAGAACAGAGGGAUCAGCCACUGCAGCCAUCUCCUGGAAAUUUGAUUUCUCUGGAAUGGAAAUUGACAGAGUUGAGAUAUGUACUUCUAGUCAAACUUUUGAGGAUGGUGUUAUAUCAUGGCGUCUUUGUAGCAAAAACCAGUGUGCCAUGUUGACCGGUGCUCCAGAAGUAAAGUCAUACAGUGACCUCUCUGGUGCAGAGGAAAUGACACUGACAGCCAUGUUGAGUGGAGGAAAAGGGGAUGUUGCCUGGCAACACACACAGCUAUUUAGACAGAAGAUGGACAACUCUAUAUUUCACCCCCUGGACAUUAAAGUCUACUUUAAGUAGAUGAAUUAUACUACUUGAUUUUUAUAUAGGAAACAAGUGCAUUGAUGUCUGUACUGAAUUUAACUUGUAUAUAUAAUUUUCUGAUUUGUUAUAGUUAAUAUGGUCAUAUGGAUCAUCCUCACAACAUCAGAAGUCCUGAGUCCACUUGUGACCAUGGGACCCCUGGCAAACUUCACUUGGUUUUUUGGGCCAGCUCCUCUCAUUGAGAGCCACUAUUGAAAUUGGGGGUUUCAUAAAUUGACAUAAAAAGUAAUCGGAAAGUAAGCAGUUGACACCUCAAUCUAUGUGUUAGAGAUUGUUUUUCACUGAAAGGCUUAAUGUGAUUGGUUGAGGGAUAAGAAAAACAAUCAGGAUUUUAUAUUUUUCUUGAAAGAUGCUGCAGUGAGCCUGUAAAAAAAUAUAUGAAGUUAGUUGGGUGUCCCAUGGCCAUGAGUGGACUCAGGACCCUUGAUGUUACGAGGAUGAAUAUAGAUGCAUGUACUGAAGUUUUCAAUCUUUCUGAGAAAGAGUUUUGUUUCUUAGACAUUGAAUUUUGGAUUUGUUGAAUGUAGGUAUGGAUUUUCAACCUUUGAAAAACAUGCAUACAUAUAAAAUCGCAGUAAGUGGCAUUAUAUGAGAGCAUUAUCAUUUGAGACCAAAAAGUAUCAGGCAAUAAUUUAAUUCUGGUUGUAACGCUGUAUUUGAUUGAAUAAAAAAUUUACUUUAUAUCGUAUAAAAUGGGUUGCCUAUGUCACAAUGACUUGCGUCAAAAACGUAUCGAUCCGCCUGACGUUACAUUCAAAUUUUGUACAAAUUGAAGUCAUUUUUUAAGGACAAUCAUCUUUUUUUCUUACACCAAAUGAAUGAAAAUUAAAUUAUAAGGAAUGAAAUUAAUAUCUACCCAGUUUAUACGGUAUAAACUGGGUUGGAACAGUUUACGCUUUUUUAUAAACCGCUUCGCGGUUUAUAAAGCGUAAACUGCCCAAACCCAGUUUAUACCGUAUAAAAUGGGUAGCUAUUAAAUUCAUUCCUUAAAUAAUGGGCAAUUUCUUCUGUAAAUUGCUAUAACACUUUGUACAUGUACAUACUUUUAAAAAAAUUACAAUGUCUCAUUAUUUCCACAAUGGAUUCUACUUGAAAAUUUAAUUAGAUUUCUUUUUUUUUCACACAAUUUAAGUGGGCAUUCUUGAACUGUAAUUCCUCUUUGUGUAUAUACAUGAUAAAUUAUAUACUAAUAUGUCCCACUUUAACCUUGUUUUCCACACUAUUCUAAGUGGGCAUUCAUGAUUGGUAAUUCCUAUUGAUGUUUAUGUACAGACUAAUUUGUCCCACUUCAACCAAAAUAUGGGCAAGUAAGAAAAAAAAAUCGAAAUCCUGGCUAAUGAAAGGCUAUCUUGAGAAUUAGCUAAUCAAUCUAUAUUUUGUAGAACUGACUAAAAACACUAAGCAAAAAAGCCAUGGCAAUUAUUUGUCCAUGAAAUACAGUAAAACAAUGAAAUGCUUAAAACGAACCCCUUUUAAUGAAUCCAUGCUCAUAUUGAAGUGAUUUUCAUUCCAUAUGGGCUUUAAUCCUAUUGUAAACUUAAUGGAUAUAAUGAAUAACAUUUAAAAUGAAGGAAAAUUCCUCAUCCCUAACACUUCACUAUAAGCCUGUUUUACUGUGUAAUGCAUUGGUUAUGGAUUUUGUAUGCUGUAGUGAUAGAAAUGUACUUUUUCAUGAUUAACUUACAAUUAUUUUGAACCAGUGAAACUAAUCAAGUAACCUUCUCCAUUCUGACUUUAAGUAUAGCUCAUGAUACCAAAUGUAUGAAUGUCUGAAAGAGGGAAGAAAGGUGACAAAGUUUUGUGAAAAAAUAUUUAUUACGGUAUAUACAAGUUUUGUGAAAAAAUAUUUAUUAUGUUAUAUACAUGUUCAUUUCACAUCAACAAUAUUUCAACCAAUUGGUGAAAAUUAUAUUUAUAUUGAAGUGAUGUCUGUUUUUGAAAACAUUUUUUAUAAUAAAUUUCUUUUGGAAAGAAUGUGACA